GGGCAGUGGCUUAAGCUUAUCUCGAGCUGCGGCUCCCAUCUGCAGCCACCCAAAACCAAACCAAACGAGGAAAGCAAGCUUUGAAUUCAAAGCAAAGCAAAGCAGGCUUCCCGUCUCCUUCCUCCUUGCUUGCUUAGGUUCCUUCCUUCCACUGCACACCACAGCACGCGUCUUCUCCAUUCACUUGACGGAUACCUCCUCCUCCUCCUCCUCCUCCUCCUCCUCCUCCUCCUUAUAUAGCUAGGAUCGGAAGGAGUAGCUACCUAGCACACACGCACGUCUCCACCUCGAUCGAUCACCCGCACCAACCACUUCCUCAUUCUCUUAAUUGCUUGCUCAAUUUAUUAAAAAGAAGAAAAUUGCUUGCUCAAGCGCAAGUCAAGCUCAAGCAGCUGAGCAUGGCGGCGUCUCCCGAGUUCUACAAGCCCGCCGCCGCCGCCGCCUUGUCGUCCCCCUGCGCCGAGGACCACUACCACCGCUACGAUGACACCAGCAGCUGCCGGACGCCGACGGGGAGCGGAAUCAGCUACCUCAAGGAGCCCACCACCUGCCCGCCGGCGCCCAGGAAGCCCUUGUGCAAGAAGCGCCUCUUCCUCUUCAAACAAGGCGACCGCGACACGGAGGCGGAGGCGGAGGUCCGGCCCCCGGCCACCGCCACCCUCAUCAGCCUGCGCCUCGACGACCUGGAGCGCAUCUUCCGCCCCCACCCAAACGCCGCCGACAAGCGGCGACGCACCGCCUCCACCUGCUUCUUGGAUGCAACCACUUCUUAACUUGUUAUUACUAGUAGCCGCUGCAUGCUUAAUCAAGCUUAGCCAACCCACAAAAUGUACUUAAUAUGCUUCAAAUCAAUAAUGUACCGUUCCUUCACUGCUGUAAUGUAGUAAAUCAAAGUUGCCCUGCCAAAUACAUACACUCUCUGAAAUCUCAAAUUAGUAUGUUUAUCUA